CCGUCGGGACGGACAAGCCUCCACUGAGCGCGCGCGCGCUCCUCGGGAGUCAGUUGGUGGACGUUUCCACAGACUGGACCGUACCACCGACCCGCCGCACAUAUUUAUAUACAGCUUUUGAGUUCGACCGUGAGCGCACGCCGUGGCUGUGCGUUAGUGGAAGUGUCCGCUCCCUCGGUGUUGUGUGUCAGGGGGGGCUAGUCAUGUGCUGGUGGGUUAGAGCUCAGCGGGAAGUCGGCCGCUGUCACUUUUGAUUCAUGGAGUCAGCCUGGACUUUAGCGAAGCGCGGUUUUUACUGACCUAAACCACACAAAUUUAAAGACUUAUGAGUUUUUGCACAGAAUGGACAUCCUGAAAACGUUGUUAUUCAUCUUUGAGGCUGUUUUCCUGACUGACUGUUUCAGAGGGCCUCCCCGGGUGUCCGGAAAAGUUGCUUACAGGCAAACAGCCCGACUGGGCAGUGCCAUUAAAAUGCCAUGCCCUGUGGAAGGAGACCCCCCACCUCUCAUCAUGUGGACCAAAGACGACCGUAACAUCCACAGUGGCUGGAUUCGUUUCCGCAUCCUCCGCAUGGGCCUGAAGAUCAAAGAGGUGGAGGCAGACGACGCAGGGACCUACAUCUGCAAAGCAACUAAUGGCUUUGGAAGUGUUAACAUCAAUUACACCCUCAUUGUCAUUGAUGAUCCAGGCUCUGAUAAAACUGGAGAACCCGAGGGAGCAAAAUCAGAGCUCAAUAUUGAAAAAUUUGUGCGUCCUCGCUUCUCACAGCCCUCAAAGAUGAGGAAGCGAGUGAUCGCUCGUCCAGUGGGAAGCUCGGUGCGGCUCAAGUGCGCGGCCAGUGGAAAUCCUCGACCAGACAUCGUUUGGCUGAAAGACGACAGACCCCUAACUGACCAAGAGGUGGGCGAGGGCCGUCAGAAGAAGUGGACGCUGAGUCUCAGGAACCUGCUGCCAGAGCACAGUGGCAGAUACACGUGCAGGGUGUCCAAUCAGGCGGGGGAGAUCAACGCCACAUAUAAAGUUGAGGUCAUACAGAGGACAAAUUCCAAGCCUGUUCUGACAGGCACCCAUCCAGUCAACACAACAGUGGACUACGGAGGCACCACAUCCUUCCAGUGCAAAGUGAGGAGUGACGUUAAGCCGGUCAUUCAGUGGCUCAAGCGCGUGGAGUCUCACGAAGAACACCGCUACAACUCCACCAUCGAAGUGGAAGAUCACAGAUUUGCUGUGCUGCCCACCGGUGAGGUGGUGUCCCGGCCUGACGGGUCAUACCUCAAUAAGCUGCUCAUUACCCGCGCCAAAGAGGAGGAUGCUGGCAUGUACAUCUGCUUAGGUGCCAACACGAUGGGCUACAGCUUCCGCAGUGCCUUCCUGACUGUUCUCCCAGAUACAAAACCUCCCAUCACACACGUCUUCCCGGCAGCAUCCACCUCUCUCCCUUGGCCCGUCAUCAUCGGCAUCCCUGCUGGAAUUGUGUUCAUCUUCGGCACUGUGCUGCUGUGGUUCUGCCAGAGCAGAAAACACUGCCCACCUCCGAGCGCACCAGCAGCUCAGGUCCUGCAGAGCUCCCACCGGCCGCCGUACCGGGACCGAGACAGGGCCUGCGUCCCUCCCUCAUCCAGCUCCUCCAGCCCGGACAAAGACUGCAUGACAUCCCUGAACUAUGAGGAGUAUUUGGCCCAGCAGCAGCUGCUCUUAGGGCAGGGAGGACCGACGGUCCCUCCUAAAAUCUACCCCAAAAUCUACACCGACAUUCACACACACACUCACUCUCACGUGGACGGGAAAGUACACCAGCACCAACACAUUCAUUUUCAGUGUUAGCCUCCGUGCCACAUACUCCCCGCAGUGUCUCAGAUGGGCGUUCAGACUUUGAAUCUCACUUUCCUAGAUAUUUGCUGAGAAAGUGUUCUUCAGUGGCCAGUGUGUUAUAAAAAUGAACCUGGUGCUUUUUUUUUUUUUAUUACCUGUUUGAAUCUCACACCACUUGUGCACUUAAAAGGACAUUUCUGAAGAGUGUGAGGUCCAUUGCAGCUAUCCAGGCCCCCUCAUGGGUGAAUUUUCUUCAUUUCAGCUCCAUCAGCUACUGAGGAUGUGCUAAAUGAAAACGGUACUCACGUUUUACAGAAGGGCUGGUUUAAUGCUCCUACUCAGGUUGUCGCUGUUGUUCUUAGACAUUCAUUAUGCUGGGAAUACUGACCACUAUCCUUAACGUUAGCCGUCUUUACCCUUAAGCUCUGUUCCUUCAACGUGAUGGACUGAUAGGUUUCAUGCCAUACUAAUCUUGAAAGGAGCAGAAGUUUUUAUUUCCAGUUUUUCCAUGGGGUCUUCUCUUGGUUUUCAGUCUGUUGGUAGGUAGCAUUACUAGUCAGUAGCAUGUUGACAUAAACCAGCAGUAAAUUAGUCUUUUCAACCCCCACUUUAUCCAAACAGUUUAUGAAGCUGUAAUCAGAAUAUUUAAUUUAUUUUCCUAAAAGAAUUUAAAGGUUUAUUUUUCAGAGUAAGGCAUUUUACUUAUCUAUUGAAUGUUAUUAAAGUAUACUGUUGUACAUUUUGAAAACUUUGUUCACCUGUUUAUUCACAUUUACUUCCUGACAAUACGUAGGUAUUUUUACAACUUGUAUUUGACAAUCUUGUAUAAUGCAUUCUUAAAGGUUUGAUAGUUUAAUUAAAAAAUUGAAAUCAGA